AGAGCUGCAAGCCCCCCUCCGCUCUGCAGCCACGUUUUCUCCUUUCUUUGUCUUCUUCUUCUUCUUCUUCUUCUUCUUCUUCUUCUUCUCUCGCGGGUUUGGCUGCAAUUCACUGUCAAAUCCAACCGUUCUCUCUCCUUAUUUGCCAGAAAAUACGUUCAGCAGUACUCCGUGAUCUUCCUUUUUCUUCCAUUACCAUAUCGUUUAUUUCGUUUUUGCUGUGAGGUUGCCGCGUAAUUUGAUAGAGAAGCGUAGCGGAUUCCGGCCACUCUUCGUCGUUUUCUUGUUUUUUCCGGCAGGCAAAACCUCCAGAAAGCUCUUAGGUUAGUUUGGCAGUGUUUUAGGUUUCAUUUCAGGUAAGUUUUGGUGGAGCUUUUGAAGGGAACUAAUUUGUGGUAAAAUAUAAUCAAUCAUUUAUCAUGUCUAAUCAGAUUCUGCAAUCAGAUCACAUUUCUGGUAGAAGAACCGGGAAACCUGUGUAUCCUUACCAAUCAGCUUGGAUGUCUCAUUGGGUGCCCGCAAGUUCAACCAAGGCUCAUGGUCAUUUGUCACCUAAUUAUGAGUUCAAAGAAGAUACAGGUGAUGCUAAAACGCAUAAUUUACUAGGCGGACUUCGGAUGGAGACUAGUGAUAUUAUACUUUCGAAGGAAUUUAAAGAAGUAUCAGAAGCAAAAAGAGUUGAUGUCAUUAAUGAAACACCGAAGAUGGUACCAGGAGAAUUAGAUAUCCAAUCCUUUAAUGCAUCCAAUAUACGAUAUCAAGACUGUAAUAUAGAUUCAUCGAAUAACCAAGACACCAUGUGUUGUGGGAAAACUCAAAAAUCUCAAAUUGAUCUUAAUCAUGUAUAUAACCCGCUGACACUAAGUAGAAGUGAGAGUCAAUUACCCUUGAGGCCUGGACAGGAUCAUUCUGAAAUGGAUUCUUUGCUUAGAGGAAAUUAUUUUCAUUCGGAAGGUAAAUCAUGCAAACCAGAGAUGGAAACUUCUUACUUUCCUGAAAUGAGCUUAUUAGCUACCUCAACAUCUUUUCAGAAUGAUAAAGGACCAAGUUCUAAAAUUGUGCCAUAUGGAUUUAUGGGUGAAGGGGUUCCAAUGGAGUCUUUGAUGGUCAGGCAAGAAAAAAGUAAUCGAUCUGCCCCCAUGUUUGCAUCCAAAGAAGAUUUCGUGGAUAAGUGCCAGUCUACCUUUUUCAUUCACGGAAAGAGAUCAGGAAGCCCAUUAGACCAUAAAAGAUCAAGAGCGUCAUUUUUAAGUCAAAAUGAUAAACCUGCGCUAUUGAAUGAUUGUCCGCCUAGUGACUGUCAGCUUCCAGUUUCUGCUAGUAAAUGUGAGAAGAUGCAGAAUAAUCCUGGCAGUAGCUUGUGUCUGAAUCAUUGCCUUCCUUCAACAAUGGUGACAGGAACGGAAAAGCUAUAUCCUGGAUGUUAUUCACUACCAACAAUAGCCUCUUCUGCAGAUGUAAAGACUAUGAGAAUAUGCACCACCUUUGAUUCUGUGCGAGAGUUUUCCAGGGGGCUUCCCAACUUUUCUCAAACAGCACGCCAUUUACUGAUCACAGAGGAGACUGAUGUAAACACGUCUGAAAAAGGCCAACUUUUCAGAGAGUCAACGGUUUCCCUAAAAUUGAAAGGGAAAAUGUUUACUGAAUUUCUCAAUUCUCCUCCUGAUUUUGGUCUUCAUUGUCAGCAUGCUGUGAAGUUGCAACCUAUCCGGAGCUCUACAGAAAAUGAAGGGAAGGAAUGCAUUGGAGAUAUUAAGACUCCUACAGUUUGUAUAAAGAAUGAAUCAUCGGCUGAAACUGAUACUAUGGACAUGGAUGCUUUUAAUAAUAAUUCUGGUACACCUGUGAGGUAUCCUAUCCAUUUAGGUGGGGUCUCAUCGUCACUAAAUAAGGAUACUAAAGGUGGGAAAAAUCCAUCAACAUCCUUGGCUGCUAUUGCUUCAGCUAGAGAAGAUGCUGGUAGUGGAGUACCGAAUACUGAACUAACCACCUCAAGCCAAGAGCUUCUUGCUAUCCCAGGUAGGGAAAGCUCUGCAGAUGACAAGGAGACAAGCACCUCAAGAACUCAGAGUUUGGAUGUGGAACACCUCCUUUCCAAUGCUGAGCAGCCCACAAAUAACAAACCUGGUUCAUCUCUACAUGGUUGUGUAGAAGACGAGCUAGGCAGCAGAUGGGUCAAACGUCUGAGGAGAAGUGUUUCAGAUUCUUUUGGUCACGGUACUAAGAUCUUAAAAAUGGGACAAACUUGUUCAGUUGGAAAACUUCAGAAGGACCCUAGCAAAAGUUGGAACCACAAUGUAAUAAAUUCAGAACCUAAACAGGCUGAAUAUGCCAAAGCAGAUGUGUUAGAUCAGCCUGCAACCUUUUUGAAGGACAGUGAGGCCUGUUUACCAGGUGGGAAAGAAAAGAACGAAGAGAUAACAUUUUCUCAUCCCUGGAUUAGGAGGUGGUGUCAUAAAAAAGCUGUGUCCCCUGAAGAGAAGUCUGAAGGAGUUUGUGAGCCACAAAGUUCAAAGGAAAUUUUGGGUGAAUUUGAAAAGAAGCAGUUUCCAAGCAUUGCUGCCAUGGCUCUGGUCGGCAAGGCCAUGAAUGGUCUUAGCCCAUGUGAAAUUAGGAAAAGUGGCUCUGUAAUAAUUUGGAAUACCAAAGGGUUUUAGACAAUUGAAAUUGAUGGUAAGUUUGAGCUUAAGCAGUUGAUCGGACAGCAGCUGGUUGUCUCGGUGAUCGACAACAGGAACUCGAGAAGAGAUGUCUGGCAGUCCACCCCAAUCAAGUCAGUUGCAGGAUGUGGGCGUUUUGUACCCAAAUUUUUUGCUUUGGUGUGUACUUGCUUUUCUUUUGUUCGUAGCUCUUCUCUCAUCCUGCUCCCCCAAAUAUAUCAACAAUAUGUAUAGGGUAUUUGAGAAGUAUUGGGAUUGCUUAUUUUUGAAAUGGGCUUGUUUGAGUGCAUGAUGUCCUGAGUUGAUUUCAAGUAGGUAGAAUUCCCUCGCCCCA